AUGAUUGGUGGAGAAGAGAAGAAAUAUCCGCCCGUUCCGGGGAGUCCACGGAGGACGCUACCACCUGCUGCCGCCAGUGGGGUCUCCAGCGCUGUUGCCACUCAUCCGGUUGGUGCCCCAACGCCAACAUCAUCGGCAACACCUCCACGGGCGUUUGGACCGGGAGCAUGUACGACGCAGCCAACGACGUCGCCAGCGACGCCAGCUCUAGAACGUCGAACGCCACUUCGACGCCGGCUACGGGACCCAUACCACGCCACAUCCGCACCGAACCAAACGAUCCACUUCCCGCUGGUGACGUACGUUCCCGUAAUCUCUUCCGAGAAGGCGUACCAUGAGCAGUUCAGCGUCGCCGACAACACCAACACUUGUUUCGAGCCGGCAAACCAAAUGGUGAAGUGCGAUCCGCGCCACGGCAAGUACAUGGCCUGUUGUAUGGUGUACCACGGCGACGUGGUGCCCAAGGAUGUCAAUGCUGCGAUUGCGGCCAUCAAGAAAAAACGCACCAUCCAGUUUGUGGACUCGUGUCCCACAGGUUUCAAGGUCGUCAUCAACUACCAGCCGCCCACUGUGGUGCCCGGCGGAGACCAGGGCAAGGUUCCGCGUGCCGUAUGCAUGUUGUCCAACACGACAGCCAUCGCAGGGGCCUGGGGCCGAGUGGACCACAAGUUCGACCUCAUGUACGCCAAGCGGGCCUUCGUCUACUGGUACGUGGGCGAAGGCAUGGAAGAGGGCGAGUUCUCCGAGGCCCGUGAAGACAUGGCCACCCUCGAGAAGAACUACGAGGAGACUGGCAUGAACUAGAACGAGGAAGUAGACGUGCACGAGGCCGAGCACUACGUUCCCUCGGCAAGAACGAUGGACUUCACUCUAACUUAA